CAUUUCACUGUCCCUCUUGCGCUUCCCGCGAACUACAUAAACACAGUCCUCUCCGAGCUUCGAAAGUAUCUCAGCCAUGGCAGUUCUGCACAAUGCCUCCACCGAAAAGCUUCCCCUCUCUAGCUCCUCUUCGAGGUCAGCAUUAUCUCAUUGUCUCCUACUUUUUCUUUCUUCUAUCCUGCUAUUUUGUGACUGCUUUCCCCCUAACUGAUUCGAAUCGUUGUCUCGGGAACUCGGAAAAAAACAGCACUUUCUUUUUCUGCCUUGUAUUUGAGUUUCGUUUGCUUGCCGACAAAAUAAGAGGAACGAAAUCUUGACAGUUAUGUUGUGUGGGGCUCUAUGUUACGGAAACAAAGAAACACUCACUUGGCUUGGGCUAAUGUGACUAUUAAUUGACUUAGACAGGGUGUGUGUGGGCAUGGUAUGUGUUUGGAUAUUUCAGAGAUAAGAACCACAUUGUUUAAGAAUCAAAACAGGUGUUUACUUAUUUUCUCGGAAGCGAACAGAGGUUUGGUUCGAUUGACGGACGGGUGCUCCUUCAUUUGUAUUAUUGUAUGUGUUUUUGGGUUCGUUUGUAUACUGAGAUUGAAUGUACCAUGCAUGUGGUGAGGAGUUAUUAGUGAUGGUUCUGGAGACCUACUUAGAUUCAAAGAGCCAAUUGACUGCACCCCUUGCAGUGCCAACUAAGGUGGUUGGAGGUUUUGUCCACUCCUGGUCAAACGUCUUGUUUCAAAAAAAUGGACAGACGUCAUUUGGGAAUUCUUUGAGUUCUAUUGCUAGAAUGGCGCAGUUGAAUGUGGGCUUCAUUUCUGGGGAUAGGAACCUUCCUAUGUUGAGUGACACAACCAACUCUGGGCUAAGUGCUGGGACUAGUUCUUUGAUCACAGAUGCCGAUUCAGCACUUUCACGGGUCACCCAUUUGCAACAAAACACCAAUACCAAGAUGGAGUCUUUCAUAAACUUCCCCUCUAUGACUGUAGCACUCUCAUCUAAUGAUUUAAGUAUUUCAGGCUCUUCACUUAUGGAUGGUUCCUCCACAGCAAAGCAUACCUCCCAUAAAGAUCAAAGUUGCCAACAAGUGUGUAAAAGGCAGCAGCAGCGGAGGGGUUUCACUGCUGCAUCUCAAUCAAUAUCACAAACCUGUCAUUCUUUCCGUAUAGCUGACACAAAACAGGUGCCUUGUGUGCCAACUGAGAUGCAUAAGAAAUCAAGAUUCGAUUUGAAGCAAGAUGACUUUUUGCACCAGCAGAUUGUUCAACUACUGUUGCAGAGACCUGAUUCUUUGCAAUUGCAAACAUAUAAUCCUCAAUUACGUACAUUAAUUCAGCAGAAUAAAUUAAGGAAUCAGCAACAGAUUCUGCCAUCAAUUCCACGAUCAGAGGGCUUCUACAUGCAGCAGCAGCAGCAGCUGCUACAGAAGCAAGAAGAGAUGUGGCACCACAUGCAUCAUGCAUCUCCAGUCAAGAACCCCUAUGAUGGUAGUGUUUGUGCUGGUCGGUUUAUGCAGUAUAUGUAUCAUCUGAGGCAUCGACCACCUGAUAAUAGUAUUCUCUACUGGAGGAAAUUUGUGGCAGAGUAUUAUGCUCCUUGUGCUAAGAAAAGGUGGUGUUUGUCUCUAUGUGAUAAUGUUGCGCAUCAUGCCCUUGGUGUUUUUCGGCAGGUGGCCAGGGAUGCAUGGCAUUGUGACAUAUGUGGUUCUAAAUCAGGAAGGGGAUUAGAGGCAAUUUUUGAAGCACUUCCUAUGCUUAAUAAAAUAAAUUUUGAGAGUGGUGUGGUUGACGAACUUUUAUUUCUUGACAUGCCACAUGAAUAUAGACUUCCUUCUGGAUUAAUGAUAUUGGAAUGUGGAAAAGCAGUUCAAAAGAGUGUCUAUGAACAGCUUCAUGUUGUUUGGGAGGGUCAACUUCGUAUUAUUUUCACUCAUGAAUUGAAGAUACUGUCUUGGGAAUUUUGUGUGUGGCGUACUGAAGAACUUUUAUCUCGUAGAUUGGUUGAACCUGAGGUUAAUCAGUUGGUUCAGGUUGCAAGGAAAUGUCUGAGCAUCACUAAUGAAACUGGAUCUGGUCGGGUUUCACAGCAAGAUUUACAAGCAGAUUGCAAAAUGUUCCUGAAAGCUGGGUGUCAGCUUGCUAGAAAUUUGGAGUUACAGUUGGUGGGUGAUUUGGGGUUCUCCAAAAAGUAUGUCCGGUGCUUGCAGAUAUCACAGGUUGUCGACAGUAUGAAAGACCUGAUGAUUUUCAGCUGUGAAAACAAUGUUGGACCAAUUGAAAGCUUGAAGAAUUAUGCUCGAGAAGUUCCCAAUAUCAAAAUCAAGGCAAAACAAAUGCAGGGAAAAACAAAGCUGGCAAGCAGUAAAGAUGAGUCAACUGAUGGAAGCAAGUUGAUGGCCGCCCCGCCUGGCAUUGGCAGAUUUAUGGAAGGUGCUUCCCAAAUGGCUAACAAUGGACUUUUGACUGACUCAGAACGGGCAGCAUUGGCAGUGACCACUUGUUACCCAAAGCUGCUGGUACAUAAUUCUCUAAAUUCAACUGCAGGCAUGAUGAAAGAGGAGUCUUCCCAGUACUUUGAGUGCCUCAACAAUGGUGCAUCUGCUUUGCCUUGUAUAGGCUCAAGAAUUGGAGUUAAUGGCUUGUCAAGGUUUGAUUCUUCCUUUGGUAGCCAGAAUAUGGAGCAGCACGUAAUCCAAAGACUAGUGCAGGAAAUGAUGAAUAACAGUGACAGAAAUAGCGUGCAGAAUAAAAAAAGGUGCUGGAAAGUUCCCUGUGUGUCUGACCAAAGUAACAUUGGGGACUUGCCAACCAGCUCCAGAGGAGCAGAUGCAGUUGGGUCUGGUGGGCUAGGUUUUGGAGACACCAUUGUAUCUGCUGCUACUCCAACGACUGCACUGCCUAAGGUGAUGAGAAGGAUUGAUGGCUUAAAGGCUGCCUCCAACUGCAAAACUCCUGGGACGAUGCUUGCCAAUUGUUCCUUCAUCAAGAGAGAACCAUGUUCAUCAGAAAGAAGUUCAUCUGACUGAGAUGAUCAGCAUUAUGGCUCUUGAGACGUGUGAAAAUUGUGUUUUUAACAGCUGCGACCAGGACAAUUAGUGGCUAUGUCGUGUAACAAGAUCAAUUGGGGUUUUUCUUAUUAGAUUUUUUUUUGGCUGAAUUUUGAUAGAAGAAGAAGAAGUCACUGAUAUGAACUUUGUGCAGGUGCUUUCUAGCAGUUUCUUGAGUCGCUUUGCUGUAAUUUUUGCAUUAUGAUCAGUGAUUGCUGAUUUUCUUAGGAGCCUUCUGAAGUACUUUCUGUAUGCACAGCUGAGGAGAGAAGUGUUCUCAAACAGUUUCGGCUAUACUCGCACAAUGCAGCAUUUGGAAAUUUGGAUUUUGAGUAAUGGGUUGCCACA